AUGAACCUUAGUUAUAAGUAUAAAAAAUAUAAAGCAUAUAGAGAAAAAUCAAAGUUUGUUAAACCAGUAUAUAUAGAAAAAGAAAUUACAGAGAUUACAUACAGAGAAUUUCAUAGAACUCUUAAAAAAUUUGAUGAAGCAACUGAAUUCAAGUUCAAUAAUAAAGAAAGAACCAUUGGAUCACAUAAUAUAUUAGAAGAGUUAUCAGUGGAAAUUACAUCAGAAAAUGAAAAAGACAUAACAAUAUUAAAAGAAAAGUUAACUAAAGAAUUUAUAGAAUCCAAAGGGAUACUUAGGGUAAAGCUAGAACAGAUAAGAGAAGAAAUCUUUAAUGAAACAGUUACAAGUACUAUUGAAAAAUUUAUGAAAGAAAAAGCAACAGAACAAUUAGAAUUAAAGAUCUUUAGAAAGUAUUUUGGAAAAGAGGAAUUGAAACUCCAGAUAAAUACUUCACAGUAUGAUGACCCAUACUUAGAUAAUGCUCAACUAAUACUUGGAAUUUAUGACACUGACAGAAAUAAAUAUGUUUACAUCAAAGAAGAAUUAAUAAUUGAAGAAGCAUUUGAUUUGAUAACAAUACUACAAAAACAAAAUAUAUUAAGAGAAGUAAUAAAAGAAAAGGAAACCGUAAUAGUUAAAGUCAAUUAUUUAAAUAAUAAACAUAUUUUUGAAUAUAUCAAAAAAAUUAUUAGUGAAAAGACUGCAGGAAUGAGAAUUAAUUAUCACAGAAUAGAAAUGGCUAUUGUAUUAGAAUUAUCAGUGGAAUUAACAGAAUAUAAAAUAUUCCUAAGAACAAAAAUAUUACAACAAGGAAACAGUUAUAACAAUCAAAAAUUAAAAUAUCCUAUAUACUUUAAAGUAUCAAUCACAGAAGAACAACAUAAAAAGAUACUUGCAAAUAUUAACAAUAUGACAUAUAACAUAAACAUUCAAAAAUUACAGGAAAAUGACAAUACUAGAAAAAUAGUAAAACAAAUUCUAAAAGAAAAUGAAUAUACAUUAAAAGAAUUAACAACAAAAUCAGAACUUGGAAUAACAUUCAAGGAAGAAUUAGGGAUGGUAAUAUUUAACCUUAUAGAAAUAGAUAACCAAAUUAAUGAUAUCAUCUUCACAGAAAAAAUAACUCAACAAGAAUUCAAAGAAUUAGAUUUUAUUAAAGAACAUCCUACAUACAAUUGUAAAGGAAUGAACCAUAGUAUUAUUCUUGUAAUAAGAGGAGAAUAUAGACGAAAGAGAAUUGAAAAGAAAUUAACUAGAAUAAUAGAAAGAAUAUUAAAAUUUAGAAAAUUAAGAAAACAAUAUGGUGCAACACCAGAAGAUGAUACUAUGAUGAGAUUUAUUAUUGAAGAUCUUGAUGAUGAAAUAGAUAUAAAUAUGGAGGAUAUUUCCCUUGAAGAUAAUUAA